CGGAGCUCGGCCGCCGUGGUUUCCUCUCUUCUCGCGAUACUUGCUAUUGAAUGACUUCCAACAUGGCGUCGGCGGCAGAGGCGGGCAGCGGAGUAGUGAGUGAAGCAGAAACAGCGAAGAGUGAGGCUGCGUUCAGCGAGCUUCCUGUCAGCAUGGACACACAGUCAUCCACUGGCAAGGAAGGACUGGAAACGGCGGGCAACGCCUCCGAGGCAGCCGAUACCCUAACGGGGUCGGGGGACGAGGAAAAUGGGAGACAGCUGGGCGAGGUGGAGCUGCAGUGCGCCUUGUGUACAAAGUGGUUCACCGCCGACACCUUUGCAAUCAACACGACGUCUUGUCUUCCCUUCAUGACCAACUACGUGUUCCACUGCAACAUUUGUCAUCACAGCGGCAACACGUACUUCCUCAGGAAACAAGCCAACCUAAAGGAGAUGUGUCUCACAGCACUUGCUAACCUGACCUGGAGGUCCAGAACCCAAGACGAGCACCCAAAGACCAUGUUCUCUAAGGACAAGGAUAUCAUUCCUUUUAUUGACAAAUAUUGGGAGUGCAUGACGACCAGACAAAGGCCUGGAAAGCUUACCUGGCCAAACAACAUUGUGAAGACAAUGAGCAAAGAGCGAGACGUUUUCCUGGUGAAGGAGCAUCCUGACCCUGGCAGUAAGGAUUCAGAGGAGGAGUACCCCAAGUUUGGCCUGCUGGACCAGGACCUGGGUAACAUCGGACCCUCCUACGACUCGCAGAAGCAGUCCGCUGUGCCGCCCACCGCAGGAGGCCUCAACGGUGGAUCCACUUACUCAGGCGCCCUCGCUCCGGUGCCUGGAAAAGGAAGGGGAGCCAAGCGUAAACAACAGCAGCAGCAGCAGCAAGAGGGCGCCACUGCAGGAGCCACCAAGAGGACUCGGAGUGACCCGCUAUUCUCAGCCCAGCGUCUUCCCCCCCAUGGGUACCCACUCGAGCACCCUUUCAACAAAGACGGCUACCGUUACAUAUUAGCAGAACCGGACCCCCACGCUCCCGACCCGGAGAAACUGGAGCUGGACUGCUGGGCCGGGAAGCCCAUCCCCGGUGAUCUGUACCGGGCGUGUCUGUACGAGAGGGUGCUGCUGGCUUUACACGACCGAGCGCCGCAGCUGAAGAUUUCGGACGACCGCCUGACCGUGACGGGCGAGAAGGGCUACUCCAUGGUGCGAGCCUCUCACGGCAUCCGGAAAGGCGCCUGGUACUUUGAGGUGUCCGUGGACGACAUGCCUCCCGAGACGGCGGCCCGUCUGGGCUGGUCUCAGCCGCUCGGUAACCUGCAGGCGCCGCUGGGCUACGACAAGUUCAGCUACUCGUGGCGUAGCAAGAAGGGCACGCGCUUCCAUCAGUCCAUCGGGAAACAUUACUCCUCAGGAUACGGUCAAGGAGACACGCUGGGCUUUUUCAUCCAGCUGCCAGAUGACACGGAGACAGCCAGGGCGCUCCCGGACACCUACAAGGACAAGGCGCUCAUCAAGUUCAAGAGCUACCUGUAUUUCGAAGAGAAGGAUUAUGUGGACAAAGCGGAGAAGAGCCUGAAAGCCAUGAGCCCCAGCAGGAUGGUGUUCUAUAAAAACGGUGUGAGUCAAGGCGUUGCCUUUGAGAACCUGUUUGAAGGAAUCUACUUCCCUGCUAUCUCUCUUUACAAGAGCUGCACGGUGUCCGUCAACUUCGGGCCGCAUUUCAAACACCCGCCCAAAGACGUCCGUUACAAGCCGAUGAGCGACAUGGGCUGGGGCGCCGUCAUCGAGCACACGCUGGCGGACACGCUCUACCAUGUGGAGACCGACGUGGACGGCCGACGCAGCCCGCCGUGGGAGGGAUGAGCGCCUGCAGGAGAAAGGCCAAUACGCAUGCGCACACAGCCGUAAAAACAGGCUUUCACUUUAUUAGAAAUAUUUACACUCAGCUGGUUCAUUUUUAUUUACAACAAAUUCAAGGGGGAAACUGAAUUAGCGUGACCUGAGAAAACAUUCCUCAACUAUUUGAUUUAGCAUCCGUGGUCAACAUGCAGUCCACUUAGGGUUGUGUUUCCUGUUUAAGUCUUGCUGCUCCCGCCGUCUUCUCGCUGUGUUUUUUUUUUAACGGACGCAAAUAAAAAUAUGCUACAUUUUGUUUACCAGUAGAGUUUAGCUUGCACCUUUUCCAAGCCGAACCACAUAAAGCUGAAGGAGUUUUGUUGUACUCUUGACUUUCCUAAAACGGUUUACUUAAAAAGCUGUAAAUGCAAGAGAGGCGUCCAAUACAAAAAUAGCAAAGUGACAGAACACGCAGCGUGUAGCCGUCCGCCACACGUCACAGAAGUAUCAAUCAAUCAAUCAAUCAAUGUUUACUUAUAUAGCCCUAAAUCACUAGUGUCUCAAAGGGCUGCACAAACCAUCACGACAUCCUCGGUAGGCCCACAUAAGGGCAAGGAAAACUCAACACCCAGUGGGACGUCGGUGACAAUGAUGACUAUGAGAACCUUAGAGAGGAGGAAAGCAAUGGAUGUCGAGCGGGUCUAACAUGAUACUGUGAAAGUUCAAUCCACAAUGGAUACAACACAGUCGCGAGAGUCCACUCCAAAGAGGAUCCAAGACACAGCAGCGAGAGUCCCGUUCACAGCGGAGCCAGCAGGAAACCAUCCCAAGCGUAGGCGGACCAGCAGCGCAGAGAUGUCCCCAGCCGAUACACAGGCGAGCAGUACAUGGCCACCGGAUCGGACCGGACCCCCUCCACACGGGAGAGUGGGACAUAGAAGAAAAAGAAAAGAAACGGCAGAUCAACUGGUCUAAAAAGGGAGUCUAUUUAAAGGCUAGAGUAUACAAAUGAGUUUUAAGGUGAGACUUAAAUGCUUCUACUAAGGUGGCAUCGCGAACUGUUACCGGGAGGGUAUUCCAGAGUACUGGAGCCCGAAUGGAAAACGCUCUAUAGCCCGCAGACUUUUUUUGGGCUUUGGGAAUCACUAAUAAGCCGGAGUCCUUUGAACGCAGAUUUCUUGCCGGAACAUAUGGUACAUCUUGAGUAUCGAUUAUUUUGUGUUGCAGAGGGUUCUCUCAGGUUUGUCCUCGCCGUCCGCUGGCAG